AAAACGCCGGCAAAGUUUGGUUCUCUUUCAGAAAACCCUAAACCCUAAUCUCAUCAGUCUCAACCUCUCUCUCCCUUUGACGGCGACAUGGGUGCCAAGGCGAAGAAAGCUCUGAAGAAGAAGCUGCAGAAGAUUUCCUCAUCAUCUUCUUCUUCUUCUCAGCUCGCUGUUCCCGGGAACCAGAAAGAAUCAGCUGAUUUUUUGCCAUUGGAAGGCGGUGCUGCUCGCAAAGCUCCCGACACCAAGCCUCUCGAAACCAAAGCCACGGUUUUAUACAUCGGUCGGAUCCCUCACGGGUUUUACGAGACUGAGAUGGAAGCUUUUUUUAAGCAGUUUGGAACGAUUAAGAGGCUCAGAAUUGCGCGGAACAAAAAGACUGGCAAAUCGAGGCAUUUUGGAUUCAUAGAGUUCGAAGAUUCUGAGGUGGCAGAGGUUGUAGCGGAUUGUAUGCAUAAUUACUUGUUGCUUGAGCACCUUCUGCAAGUCCAUCUGAUUCCACCAGAGCAUGUCAAGCCGAAAUUGUGGAGAGGGUUUAAUUAUCGUUACAAACCAGUAGACAGGGUUGAGAUAGAAAGAAAACAUCACAACAAGGAAAGAACACUGGAAGGGCAUAGGAAAAUGGUGGAGAAGAUAAUGAAACGAGAUGAGAAGCGGAGAAAGAGAAUAGAGGAUGCAGGAAUAGAGUAUGAAUGCCCAGAGAUUGUGGGGAGUGUCCAACCAGCUCCCAAGAAGAUCAGGUUUGCUGAUGAUUAAAUGACAGUGAGCAGCAGACCAUUGGUCCCAAUGAACUAUAGGAAUCAACUCUGUUUGUACUUUGAUAAGAUCCAAACACAACACUUGCUAAAUUGGUUUUGUAAUCUCCCUCAACGCGUUUCAAUAUCUUCUUUUCCUUUUUGGUUUUGUUGGUGAUUGGAAAUCCGUAUUCUGGGUACAUGCGGGUCCUGAAAAUCCACGGUUACAGGUGGCAGUUUUCUUUGGAGAUUAUUGAGGCUUAUUGAAGAAUGUCAAGGAUACA